AUGGUAAGUUCUUAAUACUGCCUUUUUGUCCGUUUUUGGAUAACUAUUUUCAUGCUUUGAACCCAUUUUCUUAACUAAUAUACUUGAAUAACGUUUCAACUGUUUCAGGCAGCCAUCUCCGCAAUUGUAGAGACUAACCAUAGAGAUGUAGUUGUAAGUUUGACCAGUUUUUACUUUAUUUUUGGUAUUUAGCACGAUGCCGAGAUGAAUUUCUAUGGAAGUCGUCUAGCCACAUGUGCGAGCGAUCACAUAAUCAAGGUGUUCGAAGUGAAGCCAACAGGGCAGUCGCAUGCCAUGGCUGAAUUAAGUGGACACGAAGGCCCGGUGUGGCAGGUCUGUUGGUCGUUUCCAUUUUCGGAUAAAGGAGAAUACCUGGCUUCUUGUUCGCAUGAUCGGUAAGUUAUAAUGGAUUCUUUGAGUCGUGGAUGAACAGCAGGCAUGUUUUGAUCAUUCAACCAUCAAAAAGCGAUAGUGUCAAUUUAAGAGUUUCCAAGAGCGUUUUAUAUUAUCUAUGACGUUUCAGGAAAGUAUUUAUAUGGAAAGAAGUGGGUAACAAAUGGACUCGAAUCUACGAAUACACUCAACACGAAGCCAGUAUAAAUUCGGUGGCCUGGGCUCCCAGCACGUACGGGUUGAUCUUUGCUUGUGGGUCUACGGAUUGUACAAUUUCCAUUGUAACAAACUACGACGACAUCUGGAAACCAGCCAAGAUCUUCAAUGCCCAUGAUCAAGGGGUAAACGCAGUCUCGUGGGCACCUGCAAAAGGAAGUAGGACGGUGAUAAAUGUAAAUGAAACCAUCUUGCCAAAGCGGGUGGUUUCGGGCGGAAAUGAUAAGAUGGUUAAGGUCUGGAAGUAAGUAAAAUUUUAUUUUUCUUUUGAUUUAUGUUUUUAGAGAAGUCUCCGAGGAGAAAUGGGAACUCGAUAUUCAACUAGAAGGUCAUCAAGAUUGGGUCCGAGAUGUGGCCUGGGCGCCCGUCGAAUCUUAUAAUCAUUUUACAAUUGCCUCAUGUGGAUCGGUAAGCUCUUGCUACAUUAUUUUUAAUUGCUUUUAUGAUUACUAAUUGACUUUUUGAUAAUGACCUACUUUACAGGAUGGGCUUGUUAUAAUUUGGAGGACAGACAAUAUCGAGGCCAAGGUCUGGAGAAAACAGAUUCUUUGUCGGGCAGAGGUCCCCGUUUACAAUGUCAGCUGGAAUUCAAAUGGAACUGUGCUGGCUGUAGCGUUCUCCGAUAACCGAGUCGCCCUUUACCAAGAACGAACUCAGAAUAAUUGGGUGCCCAUCACAGAAGCUGUCUCGGAACAGAACUAA